AUGUCUGUCAAGCCGACGGUGGCGUAUCUCCAGAAAGUCAAUCAAUAUCGGUCUCCCAUUCUUACCUCUCCGCUCCCGUUGCUUCGAGAAAUGCUAUCGAGAAUCAUGCGUCGUUUCAAGAAGGUCCUUCAACGUGUCAGAUCGAAAGGCUCGCCUCCGCCUCCGCCUCCGCCUCCCGCUGCCCAGGCCGCGAUUUCCGAGCAACGCGGCCCUCCGCCGUCGCAACCUCCAGCACCCGGACCAGCAGCAGCAACAGCAGCAACAGCAGCGCCGACACCCCAAGCCACCGGCUCGAUGUUAAACAUCGCCCUCCAGAACCAGACGACGUCCCAGACCGUGUACGCGUACGUCACGGGCCGGGCGCUCGACCGGGGGAAUGCGUGGUUCCUCCUCUCCGCGGACGGCCACACGCCAUACUAUCCCAGCUCGCCGUCGUCGGUGGGCUCUCCGAUCGCGCAAAACUGCGCCAUCCCGCUGGGACGGCCGGGCAACACCGUCACGGUGACGAUCCCGCACAUCGCCGGCGGACGGAUCUGGUUCUCAAUCGACGCGCCGCUGACCUUCCUCCUCAACCCGGGCCCGGCGCUGGUCGAACCGUCCGUGACGAACGCGUCGGACCCCAACAUCCACACGAACUGGGGCUUCGCGGAAUUCACGUUCAACUCGGACCAGCUGUACGCGAAUAUCAGCUACGUCGACUUUGUGGGCCCGCCCAUCGCGCUGACGCUGACGAGCGCGACCCUCCCGCCGCAGCACGUCGCGGGCAUGCCGAGCGACGGGCUGGACCAGGUGUGCGCGGGCCUGCGCGCCCAGCACGCCCGCGACAACCAAGGCUGGGACCAACUGAUCGUGACGACGACGGCGGCGCAGGGGGCCGGGCAGCAGCCGCGGAACCUGCGCGCCCUCUCGCCCAACCAAGCCAUGGUCACCAACCCGGCCCUCUUCGCCACGUACUACGACGACUACGUGGGCCGGGCGUGGCGCAAGUUCGCCGCGCAGCCCAUGUCCGUCGACACGCAGGCCGCGUUCGGCACCGUCGCGGCCCAAGUCGACCACGGCAGCGGGAUGCUCAACUUCCGCGUCGUCGACGGGGCUGCAACUGGCAAUGCCGGUGGAUCCGCCACGCUGCUGUCCUUCACCAAGCCCUCCACCCGCGACAUCUUCUCCUGCUCGACGGGCCCCUUCGCCACGGGACCCGACCCCGCGGUGAACGCCAUCAUCCCACGCCUCGCCGCCGCGUUCAAUCGCUCCACGCUGCUCGAGACGGACGUCUUCCCGGCUCCGCCGGCGCUGUAUUACAAGGACGGGACCACAAACCACUACUCUCGCAUCGUGCACGCCGUCAACCUGGACGGCAAGGGCUACGCGUUCCCCUACGACGACGUGCAGCCGAGCGGAGGCGCCGAUCAGAGCGGCGAGGUCCACGCCGGGGAUCCCGUCUUGUUCACCGUCACCGUCGGGGGUGGGAAUGCGGCGGGCGCGGCGGGCACGUCGCCUAGGAGGGAGCUUUAG